UCGUGGUCCUCACAUCGUCCUGCGUGUACGGACUUCAUUUCAUUGUGGUAUGGAGUCUUUCACGCAAGUUUCAGUCAUGAAAAAGCAAGGCCAGCGACUUGUCAUCUGCACCGCAGUUCACAUCAUGGUCCUGCUUUGCUCUGCUGAGACAUCGAGAGGCCUCGAAAUAAACAGCUCUGCUAACAGACAGCAACUUUUUCGUUUUUCGGUGCCAUCAAGGUACAGAGGAGCUGUCCUAGGGCCGGAGACCUACGGGUGGCUGGAGGAGCGAUAUGGUCAAGAUUCUUUGGACAAAGCCGGAGUCCACAGAGCUCCCACCGAUGAACAUGCUUGUGGACAGAAGGGGUGGUGUAAAGACAGUUGUCUCCCUACAGAAACAAAAGACUGGACAUUGAAAGACUUGUGUGGUGUACUUAAUUGUUGUGCUCCAUUGGAAUCAAGUGACUACGAACACUCGGAGGAUCCUUCUAAAACCGAGUCGAUAUAUCUACAGUCGUAAAAAAGGGUUUCUAAACAAGAUGUUAGCAGCCAGAUCACACACUGAUAUAUACUUACUUAUAUACUGACAAAUCAACUUACAAACGAGAAAGAUUGUCGAUGACUGUGUGUGUGAGUGCGUACGUGUUUGUGUGUGUGUGUGUGUGUGGAGGGUGCAGGGGAAUCGCCAACUGCUGACCUAAGGUGAACAGAGAGUGUCAAAAGAAUAAAAAUUGAAUCAGAGGAUAUACAACUAAAUUCUGGCGACAGUGAAGAGGCGCAAGCUGAUCUAUAGUUUUGCCAUGUCUACCGGCACGACGCAUUGACUGUCGUUCAGGGUACCUAGACAGGCGAUCAACAAAGAGGCGGACAAAGGGGAAAAACUGGAACUAGCCAUACCAUGCAGGACAUGAAGACUGUUGCUCAAGUCUUGCUGCGUCUGUUCUCUCUGACGACCAGUUCCUGAGCUAUCUCUCCAUAUAUAUAUAUAAAGUAUGACAAUAAAGAAAUAGCUUUAAAAUCUUAUUUUUGUUUAUUUCAUUUUUACACCAGUUUUUUUUCAGUCCAUUUUUGUUACUGUUUCAGUGUUACAUUUUGUACGAUGAACGUUGUAUGCAUAUGCCUUUUGAAAUAUCUUCUUGCACUUUUAU